AGUAGUUAUUCUGGCGGAGGAAUCGGUUUAUUUGCAGUUAUGUUUAAUCUGCGGAGCACAGCGGCCCCACUUAUUUAUAUUGUACAUUGUGUAGUCCGACCAGCACUGUUUCAAAAAUAGCGGAUACGCUGCUGGUUUUUGUUCUCUGUCAAUUCAUCUCUAGUAAUGACUACUGACUUUGCAAAAUGCAAUCCUAACAAUGUCGAUUCAUCGAACGACCUUCCUCCGGAAAUUGAUAACGAAAUUUUAGAAGCAGAUCUUGAGGAAAAACAACGCCUAAUAAGUCAGAUUUUGGAGCUACAACAUACACUUGAGGAUUUAUCCACACGGGUAGAUGCUGUGAAAGAAGAAAAUUUAAAAUUACGUUCUGAAAAUCAAAUCCUUGGCCAAUAUAUCGAAAAUAUGAUGGCAAAUUCAUCAGUUUUUCAAUCAACAUCACCACGUGUUGAUGAAAAUAGGUCACGUACAAAUAAAAGAGUUGGGAGAUGAUUAUAAGAAAAUGUGAUAUAUAUUACAUACAAUAAAGUUGGCUAGAAAUGCUGAAGAACCAUGGAAAAAUCGUACUUGGAAAAGGAAUUCUCAUAGGAAAUGAAAGCUGAAGGUCUAUUACAAGUCGAAUAAAGUUAUAACUAUGUCUGAAUAUACUGGUUUUCAAGUGACGUUUUUUUUACAUGUCAACAGUAAUAUUUGCAAAUCUAAAAACUGAAUUUUACUUGACAUUAUUUACUGUAUAAACGUAAAUUUACAAAUUCAUAAAAGAAACCAACUAUAACAAAUAUUAAUAUAAUUACUCUUCAAAAAGUUACAGGCGAUUGAAGAAAAUCAAUCUCAUUGAUCAUUCACACUAAUCAAUCAAUACCUUGCCCAUCAUAUCAGUUAAGAAGAAAAAUAAGAUGAUCUAAUUAUUCAUUGGUAACAAAGAGAACACUGUAAAUAAUAAUGGUUAAUAAAUUGUAUCGACUAUUUUUGUUUGUUUAACUAAAUCAAAACCGUUUCUUUUAUUAAGAAAGUUAUUUUGGGUGUAUGAAAUAAUUGAUUCUUGUCAUUAGUAUAAUGAAUAUCGAAAUAAAUGUUUAAACCAUGAUUAAACGUUAAAGGAAUAGAUCGUUUCAACGCAAUUUAUGUUUAUAUUAAUCUUUAGUUUAAGAUUGAACAAAAGAAUAAGCAAUAUUGUUAUUUCGGGUUUUACAAAUUUACCAUAGAAUAGAUAUUAAGUCCUUAGUAUAUGUGUUACGAUUAUCCUGGUAAUCCUAUGAAGCAAGUCUCCAUAGGAUUUCAUAUUUACAAACUUUAUUACUGAAUUAAGUAAGCAUUCACUCAUCAGUUUCUCUCACUAUUUAAUAUUAACAAUAGAAAAACCAUAUUAUCUAAUCACGUUUAUUAGGAAUUAUUAGCGAAUUGAUUUUGGAAGGCUACAGAUAAAUCAGGUUUGAUUAUUAUUAGUAAUAUUUCAUUUUAUAUAAUCAAACAGAAUUAUUCUACUUAUUUAUAUAUUUCUGUUUUGAUAGAUAUGGAGUUCCAGUUAAACUUCGUGAGAUGACCUAGGCUUGGAGACUCACUUCCUAAUAAGUGUUUGAAUUAUGAAAAAAACUGAGGUUCGGCAGGACAGAAACUGGCGAAUAAUUAGACAUUUACCAGCUACACAUUGUGACUUAGAUAAUGAGUAAAUUUUUGUCAUUCGCUUUGAUAACCAAACUUUGUAAAUAAAUCUUUUUGCUCAUGAAAGGCACACAAUUAUACUUUGUCAUAUAGUCAACCAAAAUACACGUUGAUUAAAAAAAAGUUAUGCUAUAUUGAGUACAAUGAUUUCACAGCACCAUAGUUUAACUUCGACCAAUCAGCCUCUAUGUAGAUACAGAAUUUUCUUAUGAUUUAGAGUAGUUUUAAUCAUCUUUCAUUACGUCAUAUAUUUCUAUUUGGAUGUAACUGCUUCCUAGUUGUGAUGCGACUAAUAUUUUCGCUUACUCCUAAAUACCUCUAUAUUAAAACACCUAACACACUGCCUUUAAAUGCAUAUUCAAACAUACCAACUAUGUUUAGAAUCAUGGUGCAAAUAAUAUUUAAUGAAAAUGCUUUCAUUUCAUUUGUUGUGGCCUAUUUUAGUCUUAAUUAGUGGAUAACUCGGGAGAGACCAAUCGUGUUCAAAGAUUUGUUUUGUCGAAAUUUACGGUCAUUUCUUGUAACCAAUGUUUUUUUAAAUAAAUAAACCCUUA